AUAAAAGGCAGCAAGUCCACGAAGGUUAGCAUAGUCUUCUGCUAGAUCUUCUAGUAGUAAAAUCACAUUUAAUUUGAACAAGUGGAUGCGACAAAAUGGGAUUGUUACGGUCGUACAUACUCAGUACAUUGAUCACGGUGGUCCUUUGCCAAAAGAUUAUGUCAGUUCCCUCAAGCAAGAAAUACGAACCUACAUGGGAUAGCUUGGACACUCGACCAAUGCCGGUCUGGUACGAUGACGCGAAAAUAGGAAUUUUUGUUCAUUGGGGUGUGUUUUCGGUUCCGAGUUUUGGUUCGGAGUGGUUCUGGCAUAGUUGGAAAGUCCGUAACAUGACGGAAUACACUCAGUUCAUGGAGAGAUAUAGGGCUACGUCCUCUUAUCAGGAGUUUGCUGGCGAUUUUAGCGCUGAAUUCUUUGAUCCCAAAUCCUGGGCAGAACUUUUUAAAUCAGCCGGCGCGCAAUAUGUAAUUUUAACUUCAAAGCAUCACGAUGGUUACACUCUAUGGCCAUCAAAGUAUUCUUACUCAUGGAACAGCGUUGAUGUCGGUCCUCAUCGUGAUAUUGUUGGCGAACUCUCUGCUGCUGUAAAAGCUGAAAACAUUACAUUUGGAUUGUAUCACUCGCUCUACGAAUGGUUCAACCCGAUGUAUCUUGAUGACAAAGCUAGCAAAUUCGCAAAGGACAAUUAUGUUGUAAGAAAGGUACUGCCUGAAUUGACUGAAUUGGUUGAAACGUACCAGCCGUACAUCUUGUGGUCGGACGGAGACUGGGAAGCCAGUGAGGACUAUUGGGAAUCUAGAAAGUUCCUCGCAUGGUUGUACAAUGACUCACCAGUGAAAGACAAAGUUGUGGUUAAUGAUCGUUGGGGUAUUAACAUCACGUGCCAACACGGCGAUUUCUUCACUUGCCAAGAUAGGUUCAACCCUGGUGUUCUUCAAAGACACAAGUGGGAGAACGCGAUGACCAUUGACCGCAAAUCGUUUGGCUACCGCAGAAACGCUAAACUUGAAGAUUACCUCACGACUCAUGAACUUAUAUCGACCAUGGUUGAAACUGUUUCCUGUGGUGGCAAUAUUCUUAUCAACAUUGGACCCUCAAAGGAUGGUACAAUUAAUCACAUUUACCAGGAGCGCUUGUUUGAUUUAGGUAAAUGGUUGAGCGUCAAUGGAGAGGCUAUCUAUGGCACCAGACCAUGGGCUCAUCAGAAUGAUACUGCUAGCAACACUUGGUACACCACCCGUGCUAACGUCAUCUAUGCGCUUACUUUGAAAUGGCCGACAAACAACCAUCUUAGGAUUGCUGCUCCUGUGAGCAUCUUUGAAAGUAUCAGUACCAUUCAGCUUCUGGGUCAGAAACAAAAGUUGAAUGUUAAGUUGGAAUGGACCUCAGAUGAGAAGGUGCUGGUUGUUGAAUUCCCGAACAAAGCCGUUGUCGCAACUGACUGGGUCUAUGUCAUCAAAAUCGUUACAUAAAGAGCUGCAAUUGAAAACUAUUGCCAGUUCACAAUGAUUAUGAACCUAGUUGUCUUAUAAUAUUAAAUUCAUGAGCAUUCA